GAACAGCAGGAAUCGCAUACAAAAAUUCACAAUAAGUAUGCCAAUCCACCGGUGAAGAUAAAGGCACAUCCUGAGAAAGAAACUCUAAAAUGCUCGACCAAGGGCCAUAGAAGUGCGUUUUUAAAGCGCAUUAAUUAGGCUGUGAAGUGAAGGUCACAGGGACUAUGAGACCCGCGUAGGAAUUACUUCUGGAAGCCCUAAUAGUAAGCAGAAAAUGAAAAGUAGCCCCAAGCUUAUUCAUAAGCUCAAGAUAGCCAAGAUGGAUGGAUCAAAGGUGCUGCUAACUAGCUAUGGGAUAGGAUCUCGAUAUAAAACAAGAGAAGAACCUGCUCAAUCAACUGCUGCCGGAAGAUAUGGAACUGCUUGUGCUACUUCAACGUUUCCAUCUGGCUCUUCAUCUGGAACAUCUAGAUGGGUUUUUCAAAACCACCGGUUGUACCGCUGUCUAGACAAAGCGAGGAUCCUCCGGAGAAGCCAACUCAAUGAAGAGCAGGAUCUGAGCGAACCAGAGCGAUUACACCCAAUGUCUUUAUCUAGCCUUAAGCCAAAAGAGUCAGUAGUCAUUGUUCCUUAGUGCGACCAGUUGCGAGUAUUGGCGUGUUGGGGGGUUGAGCCGCAUUAGUUGCGCAUCUUAUCUUUCGGCUGUGUGAGUAAAGACUGCCCUUAGUC